AUGGAGGUGCUCGUGAGGUUCUUCAGACGGUUCGGGAGCAGAGCUGCGUCCGGCUCGUACUUUGUCAACGACGACAACGAUGCGCCCGAGGCGCACGAGGCGCACGAGACGCCCGCAACCUCCGAGGCUUCCGAGACACUCGAGGCGUCUGGCACACCCGAGGCGCCCGAGACUGGUGCUGCUGGUGAUGGGACCGACUUUGAUGGUCUCGAUCGCCCGACGGCGGCAACAAGCUCGGCAAAGGCGCGAAAGAUGGCGGCAUCAGAGCCAGUGCUGGUGGGUGUCGAGACCGCGCUGCAUGUCAUCAGCAGGCUGGUGGACGAGCUCGAUGCGCUGGUGGUGGUUGAUGGCGUGGAUGGGAGAGCAUCGUCGUUGGACGAGACAGCCGAGCCCCGGGCAAAGCUGGAGUCGUUGGAAGAGUGGCGUAGGGUGUGGUCUGCGGGACCUGCCGCUGCGCUCGGCACCUUUCAGCAGGCGCUGGCCACUGUGGCUGUGCCGCUCGACAAGUUCCGCAUCCUGCUCAACGAGAACAGCUCACCGCAUGCCAGCAGCCCCGACUGCGAGCACGACCAAGUCGCCGAGGCCGUGGUCACCACCCGCAUUGUUCCGCUCCUAGUCGCUCUCAUCUCGCGGCUGGCAUACCUCCCAAUUCCGCUUGCCGACUGGCCGGCCAUCAUAGCCGCGUUCAACGGCGCCGAGCUGAAGGAACCGGGCCCGCUGCCAUCGCCAAUGCCGGCCUCGUUCUCGCUUCGGCUCAUUACUGAGAUUCUGAUGGCGAGCGCCGCUCGCGAGCCCGCGCCGUCGUCGCCGCCGUCGCCGGCGCCGUCGCCGCCGUCGCCGCUCACGACUACCACCAUUCUCGAGACCUACGCCAGCCACGUGAGCAUCGUCCUGGCCGCGGCCUCGAUCCUCAAGGAGCUUGGCUACCGCCGCGGUGGCAUCCUGGUGGGUAUGGCAGAGAACGACGAGUUUGUGUCGGCGCUCUUUGUCAACCUCGGCGAGCCGGUCCUGUUCGAGACGGUUGUGGCGCUGCUGGAGGAUGUGCUCUCGAUGCGGCGCUCACUGUUCGACCUCACGAUGGUCCCGGGUCUGGCCGGCAUUGUGGCUGGGUUCACGCCGCGGCGGCUGGCCGUCUUCUCGCGCAUCCUCGCCUUUCUCCUCGAGAAGCCGUCGAUCCGUUUUGGCGUCGAGCCGGAGGAUGCGCUCUCCGCCCGGCUGAGCACCGCGUCGAUGCGGCAGAGCAGCCUGGCGUAUGCGGCGACGGCGACCACGCUCGCGCACAAUGUCGCAUUUGUGCUCGGCGUCCCAAAUCUGGUGGAGCGCUUCGUCGCUCUCCUCAAGAUCCCGGUUGACUUUCACACCCACUCGACGUUGCUGGCGUCGAUCAACCCCACGCCGAUGGUCUAUCAGCUCAUGGCGCGGGUGGCAGACCGGUCAACGUUUGGCGGUCUGCAGCAGGUGCUGGAGAGAGUGCCGGCAGCAGUCGUCGCCGGCACGAGCUCACUACAGACCACCACGUUUGCAGAGGUCCAAAACAUGCUUGGUGCAGUCCUUCGCUUCCCGCCGGUCAUUUCGAUGCUCGAGCUCAUUGUGCUCGCGAUCUCGGGCUCGCGGUCGGAGAUCCUGUACACGCUCACCUGCGCUCUGGCGUCGUCGCGGCAGGCGCCGCUUGUCGAGCGGCUGAUGGAGUGUGGCGGCCUGAGCGUCCUUGCCGAGCUUGUCGAGAGCCUGCGCAAUGACCCCGACGGACGCCACCAGUUCCUGCGGUCGACUGAUGCCAACCACGCGUCGCACGCGCCCUGUUCGAUCAUGUCGCAGACGCUGCGAGCGCUGUACAACGCCGCCGGCGUGGUUACCCGUCCGCAAGUGCGGCUCUUGCUCCUCAGCAUGCCGCUCCCGCACACACUUGCAGAGCUCAUUGUUAGCGCCGACGACGACGCACACGUGGUCAUGCCGGCUUGCGCCGCGCUCGAGGUCAUGUUCCGGUACACCCACAAGCCCGAGGUGGUCAACGCGCUUGCGUCGGAAGCGCUCAUUGCGCGGCUGGUGCAACUCACCCGAGUUCCCUCGAUCUCCCUCUCGGCCUUUGAUCUUCUCGGCUCUAUUGUCCAUGGCAACGCCGACGGGCUGGCACGGGUCGAGGACGCACUGAAGCGCGCCCGUACAAGUGCAAGCGAGUUCAUGCGCGAUGUGGUGGCGACCGACCUCGUCGCGUCGAACGUCUUUGUUCGGCACAUUCUUGCGCUGUCAAAGACCGACGGACGGGCGGCGGCAUGGGUCGCGCCUCUCCAGCCAACGCUUCUUAGUGCGGUCCUCGACGCGCUCGACAUCCAUGCCAUGUCGUCGGACAACCUCUGCUGCCUCAACACGCUUGUCCUCGCCUCGUGUGACCUAAGCGACGGCGAGCUGGCGGCGACGCUGGCGAGCCUCGACGCGGCCGGAGUGGACAAGCUGAGGCGGCUCAUCGACUUUUUCCCUGUCUACUACGAGGCUCGUCGUCAAGAGCGGGCCUCGCUCGCGCUCUCGUCGCAGGUCUCGUGGCGAAAGUGGCAGUUGAGCGUGGCGCGGCUCGACGCGGCCCUAAGCAAGCGUUGUGUCACAGAGUAACACCCUCGCUCACCACC